AGAUGUACUAAACAUAUAUUAGUUAAAGAUGGAGGAGGCUAACGUAGAAAAAACAGAAAAGGAGGAAUCAGAGAUUGAGUGGAACCCCAGAUUUGAGUUUGGUUUGAAUAACAAUGCUACUUGCGCAUUUCCUUGUAUUACGCCUGAAGGAGAAGAAUUAAGAGCAAAAAGUUUGACAUUACUUUGUGCAAUGAUGACGAUCAUUUGUCUCUGUAUCAUCGGUAUGUGUACUUGGAAAUACUUUUUCGGGAAUAUAAGCGUUGUUGAGAUGUUUUUUACUAAGAAGAGAAACAGAAUUCUUGCAGAAACUGAUGUACCUCCUUCAUACUCUGUGGUUUAUAAAACUAGACCAUCAUUGACCCUAGAGGAACAUCUCUUCCCUCCUCCAACAUAUAAAACAGCAAGGCGACUAUCCCUCGCUAGCAACUGUACUGAACAGCAUUUCCCAGAUAAUACUGGUGACGUUGAUGAUGAUGGAGAAAUAUUCUACAACGAUCCUCCCCCGCCAUUCCAGGGACCAGGUGCUGGGGAAGUUUACGAGAUUAUUGAGGAGGAGGAAGAGGAUAGAUUAGAGGUUAAUUCGGUUAAAAAUCAACUUGAAUCAGAAUGUGAUUUAGAAGUUAAAAACUUAUUAAAAGACAAACUGCUUGAUAAAUGCAAACAAAUGAAAUCAGAAUCUCCAGAACUGGUUCUCAGUCCUACCUCCCUCAGUCAUAUUGUAGUACUUUUUGAACCACAGGAUUAAAGGCAUUUAUAUAAAAUCCAAAGAUUAAAAAAAACUGAAAUAUAAACUACGUUGCUAAAUUACAAAGAAUAUGUUAUUUAUCCGAAUAUUAUUUUUUGCAAGUACGUUCAAAAUAAAAUAUAUAUUUUCAAAAUCA